GGAAUGGGGGGGUGGGGCGGGGCCCCCCACCUUUCUGACAUCAGCGCUGCCUUGGUCCCUCCUCCCGAGCCGGGGAUGGUCGCAGGUGGUCUCCAGCGUGCCUCCCUUGGAGCCAGGACCUCGCCGAGGCCCCCCACCUUGUCUCUCUUCCCUCCACGCAGCUCUCCUCCCCCCUCCCCAGCUCCCCCGGGGAGCCCCCUCCUUUCCCAUGUCCCCCAACCUCCCCCACCCCUGUGCACCAGUGUCAGUGUCUGCUGCUGAACAGACCCCAUGAGAGACCUUGCCGGCUGGGGGCAGGGCUGGGCACCCUGAGGGAGGGGCUGGACUUUUCCAAAAACCCUUCCUCACCUACUGAUUGCGUGGGUACUGGGUGUGUGGGGGGGGCGGGCACAGGCUGCAUCAGGAACUUUGGGUGCCUCCUCUACCCUGGACUUGGGGGGCACUCCUGAUACCCACAGUGGGUACGGAAACAUCACUCUACCUUGCAAUUUUUGCAGGUUGCGGGGGGUGGAUGGGAAGAAAACAAACAAAAACCUGUGUCCUGGUGUGGUUGGUGAAGGAUGGGACCCUGGACCCUAGCUCUUCCACAGGGGGCUUUGACAAUGGCGAAGGAGCAGGGCACUGAGUCCCUGGAAUCUCAAAGCCACCAGUGAGAUCUUUCCGCCCCCACUUAAGGCACAUGAGGAAGUCUGGGAGGGCUCUUGCCAAACCCUUUGUCCCCAGCCUGUGGGGUCUCUAGCAGCCAGGGAAGGAAAGAGGGGCACCACCUCUCCCCCCUCCCCCCACUAACCCUGCUCUUAAUGGCCUCCAGGGUUCACAUCUCCAGGGAGAGGGGCAGCUGGGCAGGGCAGGGGUCCCAGCCCGGAAACCCCCUUCCCAUCACCAGCCCUACCAAGCAACCGUGACUGCAGCAGCAGGAGGGGACAGCCUGGCUACCCCAGGCCGUGUGACCAACUUGCCUCUUCUCUCCCCCUCCCUCGCCUCUGCUCCUCCUCUCCCCGUGUCCUCCCCGCCCUGCCCCCCCGCCCGGCCCAGUCUUCGUGUGCCCAGGGACCCUGCAGAAGGUGUUGGAGCCCACCUCCACGCACGAGUCGGAACACCAGUCUGGCGCGUGGUGCAAGGACCCGCUGCAGGCGGGCGACCGCAUCUACGUCAUGCCCUGGAUCCCCUACCGCACGGACACGCUGACUGAGUACGCCUCGUGGGAGGACUACGUGGCCGCGCGCCACACCACCACCUACCGCCUGCCCAACCGCGUGGACGGCACGGGCUUCGUGGUCUACGACGGCGCGGUCUUCUACAACAAGGAGCGCACGCGCAACAUCGUCAAGUACGAUCUGCGCACACGCAUCAAGAGCGGGGAGACGGUCAUCAACACGGCCAACUACCACGACACGUCGCCCUACCGCUGGGGGGGCAAGACGGACAUCGACCUGGCUGUGGACGAGAACGGGCUGUGGGUCAUCUACGCCACCGAGGGCAACAACGGGCGCCUGGUGGUGAGCCAGCUCAACCCCUACACGCUGCGCUUCGAGGGCACGUGGGAGACGGGCUACGACAAGCGCUCGGCGUCCAACGCCUUCAUGGUGUGCGGAGUCCUGUACGUGCUGCGCUCCGUGUACGUGGACGACGACAGCGAGGCGGCCGGCAACCGCGUGGACUACGCCUUCAACACCAACGCCAACCGCGAGGAGCCGGUCAGCCUGGCCUUCCCCAACCCCUACCAGUUCGUCUCCUCCGUGGACUACAACCCUCGUGACAACCAGCUCUACGUCUGGAACAACUAUUUCGUGGUGCGCUACAGCCUGGAGUUCGGGCCGCCCGACCCCAGUGCCGGCCCAGCCACCUCCCCACCUUUCAGCACGACCACCACAGCCCGACCCACACCCCUCACCAGCACGGCCUCGCCCGCAGCCACCACCCCGCUCCGCCGAGUGCCCCUCACCACACACCCAGUGGGCGCCAUCAACCAGCUGGGACCUGACCUGCCUCCAGCCACAGCCCUGGCUCCCAGCACCCGGCGGCCCCCAGCCCCCAAUCUGCACGUGUCCCCAGAGCUCUUCUGUGAACCUCGAGAGGUGCGGCGGGUCCAAUGGCCAGCCACCCAGCAGGGCAUGCUGGUUGAGAGGCCCUGCCCUAAGGGGACCCGCGGAAUUGCCUCCUUCCAGUGUCUACCAGCCCUGGGGCUCUGGAACCCCCGGGGCCCUGACCUCAGCAACUGCACCUCCCCCUGGGUCAACCAGGUGGCCCAGAAGAUCAAGAGUGGGGAGAAUGCAGCCAACAUUGCCAGCGAGCUGGCCCGUCACACCCGAGGCUCCAUCUAUGCGGGUGACGUGUCCUCCUCCGUGAAGCUGAUGGAGCAGCUGCUGGACAUUCUGGAUGCCCAGUUACAGGCCUUGCGGCCCAUUGAGCGCGAGUCAGCGGGCAAGAACUACAACAAGAUGCACAAGCGGGAGAGAACUUGCAAAGACUACAUCAAGGCCGUGGUGGAGACAGUGGACAACCUGCUGCGGCCAGAGGCUCUGGAGUCCUGGAAGGACAUGAAUGCCACGGAGCAGGUGCACACAGCCACCAUGCUCUUGGAUGUGCUGGAGGAGGGCGCCUUCCUGCUGGCCGACAAUGUCAGGGAGCCUGCCCGCUUCCUGGCUGCCAAACAGAAUGUGGUCCUGGAGGUGACAGUCCUAAACACGGAGGGCCAAGUGCAGGAGCUGGUGUUCCCCCAGGAAUACCCAAGCGAGAACUCCAUCCAGCUGUCCGCCAAUACCAUCAAGCAGAACAGUCGCAACGGGGUGGUCAAAGUUGUCUUCAUCCUCUACAACAACCUGGGCCUCUUCUUGUCCACCGAGAACGCCACAGUGAAGCUGGCGGGUGAAGCAGGUACAGGUGGGCCCGGCGGCGCCUCCCUGGUGGUGAACUCACAGGUCAUCGCGGCGUCCAUCAACAAGGAGUCCAGUCGCGUUUUUCUCAUGGAUCCUGUCAUCUUCACCGUGGCCCACCUGGAGGCCAAGAACCACUUCAAUGCUAACUGCUCCUUCUGGAACUACUCGGAGCGUUCCAUGCUGGGCUACUGGUCAACCCAGGGCUGCCGCCUGGUGGAGUCCAACAAGACCCAUACCACGUGUGCCUGCAGCCACCUCACCAACUUUGCCGUGCUGAUGGCUCACCGAGAGAUCUACCAGGGCCGCAUCAAUGAGCUGCUGCUGUCGGUCAUCACCUGGGUGGGCAUCGUGAUCUCCCUCGUCUGCCUGGCCAUCUGCAUCUCUACCUUCUGCUUCCUGCGGGGGCUGCAGACCGACCGCAACACCAUCCACAAGAACCUGUGCAUCAACCUCUUUCUGGCCGAGCUGCUCUUCCUGGUCGGGAUAGACAAGACUCAGUAUGAGAUCGCUUGCCCCAUCUUCGCGGGCUUGCUGCACUACUUCUUCCUGGCCGCCUUCUCCUGGCUGUGCCUGGAGGGCGUGCACCUCUACCUGCUGCUGGUGGAAGUGUUUGAGAGCGAGUACUCCCGCACCAAGUACUACUACCUGGGCGGCUACUGCUUCCCGGCCCUGGUAGUCGGCAUCGCGGCGGCCAUUGACUACCGCAGCUAUGGCACCGAGAAGGCCUGCUGGCUCCGAGUGGACAAUUACUUCAUCUGGAGCUUCAUUGGACCGGUCUCUUUUGUUAUCGUGGUGAACCUGGUGUUCCUCAUGGUGACCCUGCACAAGAUGAUCCGGAGCUCAUCUGUGCUCAAGCCCGACUCCAGUCGCCUGGACAACAUUAAAUCCUGGGCCCUGGGGGCCAUCGCGCUGCUCUUCCUACUGGGCCUCACCUGGGCGUUCGGCCUGCUCUUCAUCAAUAAGGAGUCAGUGGUCAUGGCCUAUCUCUUCACCACUUUCAACGCCUUCCAGGGGGUCUUCAUCUUUGUCUUUCACUGCGCCUUACAAAAGAAGGUGCACAAGGAGUACAGCAAGUGCCUGCGUCACUCCUACUGCUGCAUCCGCUCCCCACCCGGGGGCGCUCACGGCUCACUCAAGACCUCAGCCAUGCGGAGCAACACCCGCUACUACACAGGGACGCAGGUAACGCAGAGCCGAAUCCGGAGGAUGUGGAAUGACACCGUGAGGAAACAGACGGAGUCCUCCUUCAUGGCAGGCGACAUCAACAGCACCCCCACCCUGAACCGAGGUACCAUGGGGAACCACCUGCUGACCAACCCCGUGCUGCAGCCCCGUGGGGGCACCAGCCCCUACAACACCCUCAUCGCCGAGUCGGUGGGCUUCAAUCCCUCCUCACCCCCUGUCUUCAACUCCCCAGGGAGCUACCGGGAACCCAAGCACCCUCUGGGAGGCAGGGAAGCCUGCGGCAUGGACACACUGCCCCUCAACGGCAACUUCAACAACAGUUACUCCUUGCGAAGCGGGGAUUUCCCUCCAGGGGACGGGGCCUCUGAGCCACCCCGAGGCCGGAACCUGGCCGAUGCUGCUGCCUUCGAGAAGAUGAUCAUCUCAGAGCUGGUACACAACAACCUGCGGGGCAGCAGCAGCGGGGCCAAGGGCCCCCCACCACCUGAACCCCCUGUGCCACCUGUGCCAGGGGGUGGUGGCGAGGAAGAAGCAGGCGGGCCCGGGGGUGCUGACCGGGCAGAGAUCGAACUUCUCUACAAGGCCCUGGAGGAGCCGCUGCUGCUGCCCCGGGCCCAGUCGGUGCUGUACCAGAGCGAUCUGGAUGAGUCGGAGAGCUGCACUGCGGAGGAUGGGGCCACCAGCCGGCCCCUAUCCUCCCCUCCAGGCCGGGACUCGCUCUACGCCAGCGGGGCCAACCUGCGGGACUCGCCCUCCUACCCGGACAGCAGCCCCGAGGGGCCCAGUGAGGCCCUGCCCCCACCCCCGCCUGCACCCCCCGGCCCCCCUGAAAUCUACUACACCUCGCGCCCACCGGCCCUGGUGGCCCGGAACCCCCUGCAGGGCUACUACCAGGUGCGGCGGCCCAGCCAUGAGGGCUACCUGGCAGCCCCCGGCCUCGAGGGGCCAGGGCCCGAUGGGGAUGGGCAGAUGCAGCUGGUCACCAGUCUCUGAGGGACCUCAUGGACCAGGGGCUGGUGGCCCAGGCCAGGGAGGGAACCCUGGGUGGGGCUCCGGUGGGAGAGGGAGACUCAUGGAGGCAGUGGCUGGUGGGCCACUCUCUCCAGGUGCCCUUCAGCCGUGGGCCUCUAGGCCCCUCAGGAGCUCUGCCGUGGGGGCCUGUGGUGCAGGGUUCACAGACAGGGUUUCCUACCAGCCAUGCGCACCAGCUCGAUUUGGGGGAAGUGCAGUAAGGAGGAGCCAAGAGGUCCCCAAGGUAGUAAGGAAGGAGAAACUGGAUGGGUGCAACCCACUCUUUACUUCCCCCCUUCCCUACCUUCUUGCCCCCUGGAGUGAAAUGAGGGCUUUGGUUUCCUGGGCCCUGCUGGAAGGAACCUGUCAGCUGCUCCUCUCUGCAGCCAGAAAUGCUGCACCAGGAAGGAGCAGUGGGAGCAGACAGACAGGUUCCUCUUGCACUACAGUUCCCUACUCCUGGAGACUGGGGCCUCUGGCCUGAGAGAAAGCCCCCCGGGCAAGCGGAAUGGGCGAUUGUGGCUGCUGGUUUAAAGGUGGAACUUUCUCUGAAGCUCCUUCCCUCUGUUCUUUGUCCUUGCCUCCCCAGCAAGCCUGCCCAUCAGCCUCCUCAAGUGCACCCAGUGACCCCCUCCCUUGGGGUGACUCCUGAUGAAGCACAACUCCCCUCAGGGCCCCCAGCCCACAGGGGUGGCCAUAUUUGGGCAGUUCCCAGUCCUGUGGGCUCGGCUAUCUGGGGAGCAGAUUUUGGGUCUGGAUCUCCCUGGGGAGUGGGUCCUGGGCUCGGAUCUUUCCCUAGGGGGCCAUCUUACCCCUUCCUCUCUCCUCCUCCUCCCCCAUUGCUGUAAAUAUUUCAACAAAAUGGAAAAGAAAAAAAAGACAAAAAAAAGAAAAAAGAAAAUCUCAUCACUUGAAGCCACCGGGAGCCUGUGGCCCAGCCAGCCCGGGGCUUUCUCCGGAGCAGAGUGGCGCCGCCGGGCCCUGGCAGCCAGGACUUCUCCGUGUAUGUGUGCAUCCCCAGCCGGGGUGGGCGGGCCGCCAGAGCAGCUUUUUACAAUCCAGAGACAGAAAACAAAAUCUAGAAGCAACAGCGAAACAAAGAACCUGUUUCCUUCCCGGCA